GGACUUCCGGUCGGGUUAAAAAAAGGCUUUCUUAGUAGCGAAGUGUUUGUUUUAUACGUUUAAUUUCGGAGAGUUGUUAUUUCUUUUUCUUUGACAUUUAUCUUAGCUCCUUCUCCUCUUUAGGCGGGUGGGUCAUGGAGGCGGAAGAAAACCGAGAGUCAGAGAUCCCAGCUCUCCUCACAGAAGCUGCCUUUUCACAGAGAUACAGAGAGCAUCUAGAAAAGACGGGAAUUCUGGAUGGACGCUACAGAGCGCAAAAACUCACAGAGGGUACCGUGGCCCUUCCAGUAAUCAAAGAGAAACUCAGCACAUCUAUACAGGAAGAGCUUAUGACCGUUGUAGCUCCUGGGAGUUCAUGCAAGGAAACACUGAUAAAAAAUCCGGUGCUAUCGAAGCGGGCCCGGAUUAAGUCACCAGGCCAGAAGUUGCGUAAGGACUUGUACGAGCUUGUAGAAAGCCAUGGUUUUGCCUGGGGACGAGAGCUUGAGCGGGACCUACCUCACGCAUGGCAGGUGCAUGGGGAUCUGGUUGUUCUCAAUGAAGACUGCUUCACCGACCCUUUUUGGAAACAACUUGGCUCUGAGCUUUGGAUGAAUGUGGCAUCCUCAAUGGGCGUUAGACGCUUAGCAAAAGAAGGCCGCAUUCUGAACGAUGGUGUGAGAUCUCCCAAUGUAACCUUGCUACUUGGUGAUAGUGAAUGGGUGGAGCAUAUUGACAAUGGAAUUAGGUAUACAUUUGAUGUCACCAAGUGCAUGUUUUCUGCGGGCAACAUAGUAGAGAAGCAGAGGAUUUCGUCUUUUUAUUGCUCUGGUGAAGUAGUGGUGGAUCUCUAUGCAGGUAUUGGAUAUUUUACCCUGCCUUAUCUAGUUCAUGCUGGUGCCUCUUUUGUCCAUGCUUGUGAGUGGAAUCCACACGCUGUAAAAGCUUUAAAGCAAAAUCUGGUGCUUAAUGGGGUGGCUGAGAAAUGCCAGAUCCACGAGGGUGAUAACAGACAGUUGUCGUUGCAAGGUGUGGCUGACAGAGUAAACCUGGGCCUUAUCCCCUCCUCAGAAGCAGGAUAUCCGGUGGCUUGCAGAGUUUUGAAGGAUAGUGGAGGAAUACUACAUAUUCACCACAAUGUGGAGAGCUUCACUAAACAUAUGGCAGAGAAUAGAUGUGAUACCGAAGAGGAUUCCAGAAAGCAAAGAAGAAUGGCUUGGAUUCAAUGGGCAGAGGCCGUUGAGGCUCAGGUCCGUGCCUUGCUAGUAGAGAUCAAGGGGAGCCUAUGGCAAACAAAUAUUUUACGUGUAGACAAAGUUAAGUCUUAUGCCCCUCAUAUAGACCAUGUUGUUUUGGACUUAGAAUGUAGACCCUUGGUUUAAC